AUGCCGGGGCGUAUUCGUGAUCGCGCUCGAAGGGUGUUGAAAAUACGCUCGCACUCGCGCAGCUCGCUCCUGAUUAUUUAUUCCGAUGGUGCUGGAAACCCGUCUGCCACCGAGGAGGAAUCUGGCCAGCCCGGGAGUGACUAUUUGAUGCCGUAUGACUCGACCGCUGGAGCACAGCGAGACCACUCGAGCAUUCGAGCACGCCAGGAACGCAGCUCGACACCCCGAUUGUUAUCGGGAGCCACAUUUGCAGAUCUGGACCUACCAGAUGGUAGUAGUUACCCUGCCAACUUCCUGGAACUAGAUGAACUUGGACCUGACGACUAUCCUGAGAUCCUCGAGCAGCGGAUGGAAGCAGGUAUUCCUAGUGGAGUGAACGUCAAUGGAAUCUCCGUCCCUGCUACAUCCUCACAUGUCGCCAUCCUGGCUAUGCCUAAUGAACCUAAACGUAGAGUCAUGUGGCGUUUGAUGAGGAUCUCCGAUGUGGAUGGGGGUCCGCCGCAGGCCACGCAUGAGCGCGUCGACGCGCUCUUGCACGUCGAUCCUCUGGCUGCCGCGCCUGUCCGGCCUUCUCGUUCGCAGGUUCCUACGCAUGCGUACCUUGUAGACCCUGCCCUCUGUAGGCAACUUCGCGCCCGCGAACUACAGGCCACAGUGGGUAGUAUGGACGGGCGUUCUGAUAUCGAACCAGAUUCUUGCUCUUCUCUAAGGCCCACUCCUUCCCUUGUUGCUAUGUUUAACUGGCUUGAUGACCCAAUCCAGCGUCGCCACAAGGUACUACCCGCCGUACCAGUACAACGACUGGACAAAGACCUUCCCCCACUUCCUGCGGAUGAUGAUUCUGAAAGUGUCGUGGCGCGAGCUCCCCAGAGCGUGAUGGAGUUGCCUGCUGCCCAAAUCUCCACCGGCUCAAGAUUGAUCCAGCUUGAGGAGAUCAUGGAAUACGUCAACUCUCCGGAUGAGGAAGGUGAGCAGCUUCCGAACCAAUAUAUCCAGGCCGGUGGAAUGCAAGGAGAGGUAGUCCAAGUUGCCAGACUUCGAGCGAGGGCAGGGGCCAGCCAACAUGCGCGAUCCGGGGACAGACUAGGCAAGUGGGCUGUCCAUCAAUGGAACUUCUUGAAGGUACCUAGUGACACGGACAAGAAAUGGAUGUGCGGCGGAUUCAUCGGGAAGGGAGGGUUCGGCAAGGUAUACCUAGUAUACCAUAUUCCACAGCGGCAGCAGUUGGCGAUUAAAGUCAUACAGUACAGCCAGGGUCUGUCUCCGGCUGCUUGCCGCGGAGCGGUGAACGAGAUAAAGUUGCUUCGGACCGUCGCCUCAGCACCGAAUGGCCCGCCGUCGUUCCUUUUGACUCCGUAUCUUCAGCACGAUCGAUGGUAUUGGCGGGCUUCCGGUGGCUUUCUGAAUAUCGCUACGAACUUUUGUAUGGGUGGUGAACUGACCCAGCAUCAACGCAGUAUAUCCGAAAGCUCAUUACGGUUGGUUGCAGCAGAACUUGUGAUUGGCAUCGAAGCCCUGCAUAACUUUGGAUGGACACACGGUGACCUCAAGCCCUCAAACGUUCUCAUCGACGAGUACGGACACAUUGUCAUCAGUGAUUUUGGUGCCUGCAGGGAGACCACCGCUAUAUCCGAGGAGCGGCGUUCUGAUGUGAUAUACACGGCAUGUUACGCAGCGCCGGAGCUGCUGCAGAGUAUCAGAAAUUCAGGUUGCUCUUACGACAGUUCCAUUGAUUAUUGGUCUCUGGGUGUGAUGAUCGCUACGCUGCGUCUCGGUGACAAUUACAUCCAAGGCUUUCUCUCAACUAUGCUGCAAAAUAUAGCUGAUAUUCAAUCCCGCCUGGAAAAUUUGCCGCUCAAAGUGCCAGGUCUGUCGGAAUUCAUCACAGAUCUGCUGAAAAUGGACCCGGCUUUGAGGCUGAAGGAACCGCAGAUCAAAAAGCAUCCUUACUUCGACGAUUUGCACGGCCGGUGGAACUCAAUCAGACGCCGGCAGAUACCACCAUUCUCUCACGUCAGGCAGGUCGCGGCGAUGGGCCAUGGUUUCGACAUGCACUUUGAACGUACCACCGAUAAUCUCCAGGAGCGAUACAGGCUGCUUGACGUUCUUCGUGAAGCAGGGCUGGACCCGGAAUUGGACGAGUCGUUCGACGUGCGCUUGCUGCAUCAGAUGGCGACUCAUCCCGUAUGA